AUGUUUCCUCACUUCCUUGCGUUGCUGCCAUUGGUAGCGGGCGUAUUCGCCAAAACCCACGUCCACGACGAUACCUUUACGCCGGACUACGUUCUAGAAGCCACCCUUGACGAUAUAAAAAUCAACUGCAAAACACGAUCAUCCGUUACGUUCAACGGCACAUUCCCCGGCCCAACCCUUUAUCUCAAAGAAGAGCAAACGACAUGGAUAAGAGUAUAUAAUCACAUUCCCGACAACAACGUCACAGUCCACUGGCACGGUCUGAGUCAGCGUGCAGCACCAUUUUCAGAUGGUACACCGCUAGUCAGCCAAUGGCCCAUUCCCGAGGGUCACUUCUUCGAUUACGAGAUUCGUCCCGAGAGGGGAGAUGCGGGCUCUUACUUUUAUCAUUCGCACGUUGGCUUUCAGAUCGUCACUGCGCAUGGCAUUCUGAUUGUUGAAGAUGCCGACGAGCCUCAGUAUGAGUAUGAUGGUGACGUUGCGCUUAUUGUCGCGGAUAAUUAUGCUGCUGAGGAUGGAGUGAUUGAAGAGGGAUUGCUGGCGGAUCCGUUUAAGUGGUCGGGUGAGCCGCAGGCUAUUACCAUACAGGGGAAUAGCGGGAAUAAGAGUUUUUGGGAGGCGGAUGACAAGAGUUGUAUGCCGCAUGUUAUCGAUGUUGAUCCGGGUAAAGUUUAUCGUCUUCGGGUCAUCAGCGCUACAGCGUUGUCGAUGAUCAAGCUUGGUAUUGAUGAUCAUACCAACCUUACCGUUAUCGAGGCCGAUGGAUCAUACACCAAGCCUGCACACAUUGAUCAUGUUCAGGUAUCUUCCGGUCAGCGUUUCAGCUAUCUCAUGAUCACCAAACCUGCGAAGGAAGUUUGCCAGGGAGACCGGUCACAAUUCUGGAUCCGUUACGAGAGUCGCGACAGACCACAGAUGAUCAGCGGUUAUGCUCUGCUCAAGUACAACUGCGACGAGUAUCAGGACCUUCCCAAGACGCUCCCCGAGAAGUCACCUGUUAUGUUAUCGAAUGACACAUCUGAUUACCUCGAGUAUGCUCUGGAAGGGUUGUCGGAAAAGAACAAUGCCGCGUUCCCCAAGUUAUCGGAUGUUACGAGGACAGUGACUAUCCAGAUCAAUCAAAUCAUGGAGACGGGUGCUUAUGAGAACGGAACUCUAAACGGCACAGUAGCAUGGGCGCAAAAUGGUCUACCAUGGAAGGAAAGUGUUCAAGCAGAACACCAUCAAGUCCCCUACCUCAUCCAAAUCUACGAAAACGGCAAAACCCCCAAUUACACCGCUGCUCUUGAGCAUGGCGGCUUCGACCCUGUGACGAAAGCCUUCCCUGCGAAAAUCGGCGAGGUCCUGGAUAUAGUGUGGCAAAACAACAACGGUCCAACAGGAGGCUGGGAUUUCCAUCCUAUGCAUGUCCACGGCUACCACAUCUACGACUUAGGAUCCGGCAACGGAACAUACAACGCCACAUCCAACGAAGAGCACUUUACCAACUUCACGCCUGUACUACGCGAUACGACUAAUUUAUAUAGAUAUGCAGUUAAAGGUGUACCGCACCAUACAGCUGGGUGGAGAGCGUGGAGGAUAAGAGUGACGGAGGAGAAUGUUGGUGCUUGGAUGAUGCAUUGUCAUGUUGCGCAGCAUCAGGUUAUGGGUAUGGCGACGGUUUGGGUUUUUGGAAAUGAGGAGGAUAUUAAGAUGAAGUUUCCUGCUGUGCCUUAUACGAAGGGGUAUCUGGAUUAUGGAGGGAUUCAUGUGUCUACUGAGAAUUUCUUUGUUGUCGCGUCGGAACCAUUUCUUGACGGUGCGGAGUUUGAGAUACCGGGUGUGGGAGCGGACUCGUUUGAUUGGAAGUAUCCAGGGACUCAAUUUCCUGUUGAUGGACGGUUAGAGCAUGCAAAUCGGUUCAUUGAAGAGGUCGCUACCAAUGCGACGAGCUGGAGCAAUAUGACCGUUGGUACUUGUAUGGAAAUUUACAACGAUCCAUACCAAGCCCUUCGGAAGCAUCGGAAUGUGGUUAUGGUUGUUCAAGAGCCCGGCAACCCGUCAACGAAAGGGUGGAGAACGUCUGAGGUUCGUUCAGACCUACCAUCUUCGAAUCGAUCAGAAACCGUCAAUCCUCUAUUCCUGAUGAAGAGGCUAAGUCCGACGGACGAUUACAUCCAAUGGAACGAAGCAGGAGUGGGUGUCGGCAAGCCUUUCACAGAGGAAGACAGGAUUGCAUCCAAACUCAGACUGGAUGUCAACACAAGUAUCGUGAAGACGAACUUUACUUCUGGACCAGAGGAGCUUGAAGCACUAUACUGCCUGGCUGAACCGAUCCAGGAAUCCUGUGGCGUACGCGUUUCCAACGUUGCGUUGCUGGUCAGUUGGAUCUUCACAGCACUUAAAGCACUGGUCUGCUUAGCGGUGGUCAUCAAAUGCCGGCACGACAAUCUGCUUGUCACGCCGGGAGAAGCUAUUGAUUCGUUUAUCAGUGCGCCGGAUGCUUCGACGGCUGGGAUGUGUUGGGCUGGGGCUCCUGGCGAUCAAGUAGAGAAGGGCAAGAGACGCGAUGCUGGUGCGAGAGAAUGGAGGGGAGAGGCGAGGAAGUUGGGAUGUGCUGUUCCAAGAGGACUAUGGAUAUCUUCAUAUCUUCUGUUUGCAGUAUUUCUUGGUAUAGGUGUUGGUCUUCUCGCAGAGGGAUCUCGAACGCAGCCGGUAACGAAAUCUACCUUCGGUCCUACGUCUCAAACACUGGGGCACAACCUUAACGCCGGACCAGAGCGAUCAGACGACAUGGGCGACAUUCACCGAGCUCUAUUCGCAAACCUACCUCAUCUCGUCCUCGCCUUGUCAUAUUUUGCUUACAAUAACAUCAUGACCCGUAUGCUAUCUGAGCGCGAACUCUCAGAAUUUGGACGGAGAUUCGUACCUCUUCGCGUAUCGGCGCCUAGAGGUUCACAGCAGGGGACACACCGUUUACAGCUGCCCUAUAUCUGGUCCAUUCCGUUGAUUGCGAUGAGCGGUAUCCUCCACUGGUUGUUGUCAAAUUGUCUAUUCCCCAAAGUUAAUAUCGGUUAUCAAGCAUAUCCACCCUACGAAGAAGGUCUCUGGAGCGGAAGAGGACUAGGGUUUUCGACCUUAGCAGUUCUCAUCACUCUUGUUAUAUGCCUCUGCGCUAUUCUUAUCCCGAUAUUCAUUGGGAGAACAAAGUUGAGCAAGGAUAUGGUCGUCUUCGCAGGGAACUCUGUCGUCUUGUCGGCCGCGUGUCAUGUCAUGAGGUUGCAAACAGAGAAGCAGGAGGGGGAUGUGGAUACUGCUUUGAUACAGAGAGGUCAGGCUAGGAAUUCGGAUAUAGCUGCUAGGAAGUUGAAAUGGGGUGUUGUGGUACCUUAUCAAGGUGUACGGCCGGGACAUUUAGCGUUUGGAGUGGUGGAACAAUAUCUUGGACCACCCCAGGACACACAUUACUAUGCCGGAGAACAUCAUUAG